UUGCUUACAAAUAACAUUUUAGAAGAGCAUUCAAUAUGGUUCAGGUACGAAUUAGUGACGGCAUAUUAGAAGGAGAAGUGAUCAACAAUGAAUAUGGAGGAAAAAUAUUUAGCUUCAAAGGCAUUCCGUAUGCGCAACCUCCGCUGGGAGACCUCAGGUUCAAGGCGCCUUUGCCACCAAAACCUUGGACCGGAGUGCGGGAUGCUAAGAAGUUGGGAAGCCCAUGUCAUCAGUACGAUAUUUUCCAACAAAAGUUCACUCCCGGAAGCGAAGACUGUCUGUACAUCAAUGUGUACUCACCGAACAUAACACCCACCAAACCGCUGCCGGUCAUGCUUUGGGUUCACGGAGGAGGUUUUACUAGCGGAAGCAGUACCGAUCUAUGGUAUGGACCCGAAUACUUAGUAAGACAUGACGUUAUUCUUGUUACGUUUAACUAUAGAAUCGAAGUUCUCGGAUUCCUUUGCCUGGACAUAGAAGACGCACCCGGAAACGCGGGCAUGAAAGAUCAAGUUGCUGCUUUCAGAUGGGUUCAAAAAAAUAUCCGAAACUUUGGGGGAGAUCCUAACAACGUUACAAUUUUCGGAGAAAGUGCCGGAGGGGCUAGUGUAUCCCUUCACCUUUUAUCACCCAUGAGUAAAGGAUUGUUUAAGAGAGCCAUACCACAAAGUGGACACGCUAUUACUUAUUGGGCAACAAGUUUUAUGAUUAAAGAAAGAUCGUUACAAGUAGCUAGGGAACUUGGAUGUAAUUCAAAAGAUGACAAUGAAGUGUGCAAGUUUUUAAAGGCGCAACCUGUUGAAGCACUUGUUAAAAAAUACAUUUCAGUGACGUAUGUGGAAUCAAAUAAAGAAGCUCUAAUGGUGCCCUUCACUAUAACUGCAGAAAAACAAUUUGGAAAUAAUGAAAGGUUCAUGAUCAUCGAGCCCAUCGAAGUAUUGCGUAAUUACGGCAUACAUGAAGGUGUGGAUGUAAUGGAAGGCUACACGGGUGAUGACGGAGUUUUGUUACUAGGAUCUAGUCAAAAUGUUCACAAAAUGUUCGUUGAGGCUAAUAAGUAUCCAGAAUUUUUCGUACCCAAACCCCUUACUAUUCAUUGUCCGCUAGUCGAUCAAAUGGAAAUAGGUAAAAUGAUAAAGAAUUACUAUUUUAAAGAUGAGGACGUUUCUAUGGACAACGUUUUCUCUUUGCAAGAGUAUCUUGGUACAGAAUACUUUAAGUAUCCCACAAUUUUAUUUCAAAAAAUGUGUGCAAAAAGAGGGAAAAACAAGGUUUUCCUUUACACAUUUACUUGCAAGUCUGAAUUAAAUGUUGUCAAACAUGUACUGGGAGUAGCUGAUAUUAUAGGAGAUAGGGAUGUAGCCUGUCAUGCUGAUGAUCUCCCUUAUAUUUUCCCUAUGAAAGUGUUCACCGAAAAUAACCCAAAUAUCGAUAUCUCUCGAGUCAUCCAUUUGAUAGAUCGAGUUACAACACUUUGGACCAAUUUUGCUAAAUACGGUAACCCAACACCUGAUGGAAGUCUCGGCGUUAUUUGGAAACCGUAUUCUUUGGAAGGACAGGACUUUUUGGACAUUGGUAAUAAUUUAGUGGCCGGUACUGCACCCGACAAGGAUGAACUGGAAUUCUGGGAAAGUAUUUUCAAGAAAUAUUGUCCGAAGUUUGCCCCUUGAAGUAACAAAUAUUGAUUUUUUUAAUAAACGUCUUU